UUGUGAUCUGUUGAUUAAGCAUCCCAUCCCAUACCGACUCCUUAUCCUCUGGCCGUCCUCCCACCAACGAAAUGCCCGCUACAUCUUCUCUACCGUGCGGUUUCCCUUCCCUUCCCUUCCUUUCACUGCUUUGCUGCGAGCAGUAAGAUCAAAGUCGCGGAUGGAGAACCUUACAGCUAGCGAGAUAGCUGGGUUCGGAGUGGGAACUCUCCUGCUGUGCGCAACCAUAGCCGCCACUAAAGUCGACGCCUUCAUCUCAUCCUCCCAGAGGAGUUCUUUGGGCAUGUGUAAGAGAUGCGGAGAUCUAAGAAUGAUUGCAUGCUCGCGGUGUAAAGGAGUUCGAUCAGCCAAGAAAGGAGGCCCCUUUAGUUUCAUCAUGUUGGAAGAGAUUUCUGAGGCUUUGGGAGAUGGAAGAACCCAAAAACAGUUGAUACCAUGCAUUAAUUGUCAAUCUAAGGGAAGAUUGCCAUGUCCGAAUUGCUUGAAGCUAUCCUGAUACUUCCUAUUUCCUCGGAUAUAUUUCAUCCAAGUUUCAUAAAAUGUUUUCUGCCGGAGGACGAAAGACACCAACUUCACCAAUUUUACAGGCUGUUAACGUUUUCAAGUGUGAGCAAUCAAAAUGGCAAUGCUAUAUAUCACAGGUGGCAUACGUGCUAACAUGCAGGGGUAGCGACUGCGAACUUGUCUGUCGAUGGCAAGCUAGUUGCCAACAUUCUCAAUGUAUUUUUCAAACGUUUGCACUGAAAAUGUCAUUGUUUAUGGUUAGCAAGUACUUCGAUUGUUGAAGUAAUUGACAAAAUGUGUUGGUGAAAUAUUCGAUUUUAGUUUGCAUCA